GCCAGCAUAAUAAAGAGAGUCCCCCCUCGACGAGCUCCGUCGACGUAAUUUGUAGCUGCCAGUCGUACGAAUUGACCCCAAGGGCUGCCAUCAAGCACGUUGUACUCCGUAUCUUAUCUUCUUGAAGGAUUUGGGUUGGUCCCUUGUCUUCUCAGACAAGACAUGCGUGCCGAGUUGGGAUAACGACAUUUUGUUAUUCAAAAGUACGGGAGACUGCACGUGAGAUGUAGCUUAAUCAGAUAGUUCUCUUUACAGGGAAAUGGUCAGGCAGACCGUUGUACUCUGUCAUCUGGUGGGCCGGGGGUUACAAGGCAAACAAGCAAGCAUUGCUUGUUUUGGACAAAUGCUCUCGCAGUCAUGCUGUUCUGGAGAUCGGAGUAAACCGCCAUGAAGCAGGCCUUCUGCACAUACAAUGGGGACCCGUCCAUGCGUCAGCUUACGAAUGGUGCGGAUCGAAUCAUUGUCCACAGAAUGGCUGUAGCUGGCCUGUCAUUUUAUGACGUUGAUUCUGUUGGAGAACAAUUGCAAGAUAAAGAGAGAGAAAAGACGAGUCACGUAAAAGAUGCAAAGCACGGAAUCUCCUCAUCAGGGAGCCGAAUAUGGCCUGAGAAAAGUCGAACGUGCGCUUUGUGUCUCGAACCGGAAAUUACCUGCAUGGAAUCACCUCCGUCAUCUUCCCAACCAUGCUCUCAGAGAGGUCGGCCCUCCACGAGUAACAUGGCUGCACUGACGCUUGGAGGGGUGGGAAGGGAAUAUUCACGUCGGUGGUUGGGCCGACAAUUUAACUUACGGUUUACGAAGAGCAGAAAGAUGAUCAGUCAUCACCCUGUUAAUAUUCUGGUCAAGUUCUCGCUAACUUCUUCUUUCAUCCUGCUUGGCUGGUUCCCAGCGACGGCGUCACAAACGCGGCUUGCAAAAGCCCGUUACUUGUACUAGUUAACCAUCCUGGUCCCCAGCACGAUGGCUUUGUCUCUCGCCAGCAGAACCGGUCCUGCUGGAGAGCUGUUCCGCUAUUGAUGGACACUGCUUCAGCCCUGGGAGGGUAUGACGACGUACCAUGUUGUUCUCGC